AUGGCGUCCGCAGCGCAUACCUCGAGCCUCGACCACAACAUCACCAUAAAGGUGAUGUUCGAGGGCAUCACCCGCCGCACCAAGAUGCCCCUUCGAGAUAUGAUCCCAGGAACUCUUGAGUCUAACAUCCGCAAUUUCUUGCAUAUUCCUGCAGACGUAGAAGUCGCAUUUGAGCGAUACUCAGACUCUGCGGCUUCUUUUGUCCUUCUCGAGCUAGGAAACAUUCCCAUUUACAAGCAGCUCUACCGCGCUGCCAAGGCGAAGUCCAAGCUCAAGAUCCGCGUUACUGUAAAGGAGCAGCCCAAGACUACAGUACCCAAGCCUGUCACUGUCGAGGAUGAGCCCGAAUCUUCCGCAUCGGCCCCGGCUCCUGUCAAUGUAGAUGAGUCUCCCCGAGAGAUUGUUGAGACCGCAGAGGAGGCUAGCCUAGCUCCUACACCCGCCGCCGAGGCCCCUGCGCCCACUCCGGCAUCAGAUGUCAUGCCGCCUGAGACGACUCUUCCCGUUCGCUCUCUGUCCCGCACUUACAACGCAGCUCUCCUUCAGGAUGCGGCAAGAUAUGUAGAACCACAUGACUUCCGCAAGGAGUUCGAGAACCGACUUUCCAACUUCACGGACCGAUCAUCAAUGUCACAGUGCUCGCCCCCAACCUUCAAUCUUGCCAAGGACCAGCAACCAAUCAACUUCUUACCCAAGAUUUCUGCGCCGCCGUCCUUCGCGUGUCCCAUCGUAUGCCCUGCAACCGGCACUAGCUUUGCCGUUUGCUGCAACAGCUGCGAGAAGAACAUUCCCAAUGUUCAUUAUCAUUGCUCCACUUGCGACGAUGGUGACUUUGAUCUCUGCCAGUCUUGCGUUGACCAAGGCAUCACCUGCCAUGGUCGGGAUCAUUGGUUGAUUAAGCGAUCAACUGUCGACGGACAGCUGGUCCAGAGCACCACCGAGACGAUCGCGCCCAAGCCCAAGCCUAAAGCCGAGGUCAAGGUCGAGACUACCGUUGAGACCAAGGUUGAGCCCAUGCCUCACCAUGUGCCACUACCCAAAGCGCUGUAUGAGCCGCUCCCUGCUUCUUUCGCGUUGCCUGGCAUUAUGCGAACGUGCAACUGCUGUGUGCAAGAACACCCCGAGGCCGAGUUCCUUCACUGCCGCAUGUGCGAGGACUUUGAUCUUUGCCAGUCAUGCUUUGCUAGAGACUCUCAUGGCCACCAUCCCAAGCACAGUUUUGCUCCUGCUGUGAAGGGUACCAAGAUGCCUGGCCACAUCGAAGUCAAGAUGAGCCCCGGACGCAACCACAUGCACCAUGCUAUUUGUGACGGCUGUGACCAGAACAUCUUUGGCAUUCGCUACAAGUGUCUCGAUUGCCCUGAUUGGGACUAUUGUGUCAACUGCAUCAAGACUGUCAAGAUCAGCCACCCUAACCACAGAUUUGCGCCGAUCUACGAGUCUCUGGUUGAUUUUCGUCGCCGAGCUCCAGCAGCUGUUCAUAUUGGCAUCUGCUGUGAUGGACCUCUUUGCAAUGGACGCAACGCUUAUCCUUCCUACAUUCGCGGCACACGAUACAAGUGCGCGAUCUGCAACGAUCUGGACUUCUGCGCGAAUUGCGAGGCCAGCCCUGAUAACAAGCACAACAUGACUCACCCCUUGAUUCAGUUCAAGACUCCUGUCCGUGCUGUCAGUGUCACAAGCACUGGCGAGACACCCGAGGGCAUGCGCAUGCCCGAAAUGGGUGAUCGCCAGACUAUCUCCAAGGCUACCGAGACCAUGCCUGCCGUCCGCAGCAACUCUAUCAACGCCGUCCGCACGAUCGUUGAUGUCAAGCCUUCUGAGCCUGCUCCUACCAAGGUGACCGUCAAGACACCCGAGCCCAAGAUCCCAGAGGAAGCUUCUCCCAUCUUAGAGCCCAUCCGGGCUCCCAAGGCUGAACUCAAGGGCGUUUUCGUUCGUGAGACCAUUCCUGAUGGCUCUAUCCUAGCUCCCAACCAUAACUUUGAGCAGACGUGGACCCUUCGCAACGAGGGUAACGAGAACUGGCCUGCUGGCUGCUCUGUCAGGUUUGUCAGUGGUGACUACAUGGGACACGUGGACUCCAACCACCCCGCUGGCAUCUCGGAGCUCAUGUCGGCUUCGGAAUCUACUGUAUGCUAUGCUCCUCUCGGUCCCGGCCAAGAGUUUCCCUUCACCGUUCUGCUCCGAACACCCGCUCGCCCUGGUAAGGUCAUCUCUUACUGGCGCCUGACAACCCCCACUGGUGAGAAGUUCGGCCACCGACUCUGGUGCGACGUCAAUGUCCGUGUUGUCAAGGAGGAACCUAAGGCUAAGCCUGAGCCCGAGGUUAAGGAGGAGAUCACACCUGUCGAGGAGACCAAGCAAGAGGAUGAAAGCCAAGCCUCCAGCCAGAUGAUCUUCCCCAAGCUGGACAAGGAGUCACCUAUGGCCAGCAUUCACGAGGCUGCUGCUACUGUGCCUGUUGAGGAGCCCAAGCGGUCCGUUAACAUCGAUGACGAGUGGGACUACUCUGAGGAGGGUUUCAUGACGGACGAGGAGUACGAUAUUCUGGAUGCUUCGGACGAAGAGUAUCUGGAGGAGCAAAAGAAGAGACUUGGCACCAAGUAG